CUUGGCAGUGUAUCAUAUACCUCUCUCUCUCUCUCUCUCUCUCUCUCUCAUAUUUGCUUUGUUCUAAAGAGAAGGAAAAUGGGUGCUCUUGAUUACCUCUCCAACUUUUGCACUGUCACCAGCACAAGGGGCAAGCGCAAAGCAAUGCAGACAGUCGAGAUCAAAGUCAAAAUGGACUGUGAUGGCUGUGAAAGGAGAGUAAAAAAUGCUGUUACCACCAUGAAAGGUGUAAAAUCUGUGGAGGUGAACAGAAAGCAACACCGGGUAACAGUGAGUGGUUAUGUUGAACCAAAUAAGGUGUUGAAGAGGGUAAAGAGUACAGGGAAGAGAGCUGAAUUUUGGCCUUAUAUCCCUCAACAUCUAGUCCACUAUCCUUAUGCGUCCGGAGCCUACGACAGAAGGGCACCAUCCGGCUUCGUUCGAAACGUUGUGCAAGCUUUUCCGGCCUCAAAUGCACCUGAGGAUAACAUUGUCUCACUAUUCAGUGAUGAUAAUGUGAACGCAUGUUCCAUCAUGUAAGGAGUGAUCGAUGAUAUAUCUAUGUAUAUAUUACGUACUGAAAAGUACGAUGUGGUUCUUCUAGACAAGAACCUUGAAACAUUUUCUCCCAAGUAUGAAUGAUCGAGACAGCAAUUAUACAUGAGUGUGUAUAUUUUUGAGAC